GCUAUUUGAAAGCUGCCCGUCUCUGCGCUGUUUACCUGCUCAGGUCGGUGCUCAAACAAAUUCACCGAGUCGUUUGCUGAGGUCUCAGUUUGAACAUGUCGUCUGUGGAAGUCCGUGCUGUGCAGCUGCCCGCCGCAGAGAACCCGGUGAGGAUGGGUAAACUCGCGGCAGCAGCGGGUCCGAGGAGAGCUGCUCUGGGAGAGAUCACCAACUUUCCCGGAGCAGCGGUCAACACGAAGAGGACAGGACCAGCCAAAGUGUCAGACAAACCAUCCUGUGCCCAAAAAGCCAAACCCACUGUGGUGCCCCCAGUAGUCCAGGUCCCAGCACCUGCAGAUCCUGUCCCUCCAGCUUCAGAAGAGUCGGCUGACGUGUCCAUGAAGGAGGAGGAGGGGGAACUGUGCCAGGCUUUCUCUGAGGUGCUGCUGACUGUGCAGGACGUGGACGAGCAGGACGCAGACCUGCCUCAGCUCUGCUCACAAUACGUCAAAGACAUCUACAAUUAUCUUCACGUUCUGGAGGUGCAGCAGGCUGUACGAGCCAACUACAUGCAGGGUUAUGAAAUCACUGAACGCAUGCGAGCUCUUCUGAUCGACUGGCUGGUCCAGGUUCACUCCAGGUUCCAGCUGCUGCAGGAGACUCUGUACCUCACAGUUGCCAUCCUGGAUCGAUUUCUACAGGUCCAGCCGGUGUCUCGCAGGAAGCUGCAGCUUGUUGGUGUGACGGCCAUGCUGGUGGCCUGUAAAUAUGAGGAGAUGUACGCUCCGGAGGUCGGAGACUUUGCCUACAUCACGGACAACGCAUUUACAAAGUCCCAGAUUCUGGAGAUGGAGCAGCUUGUUCUGAGGAGCCUCAACUUUCAGCUGGGACGUCCUCUUCCACUGCACUUCCUCAGACGGGCUUCAAAGGUGGCUAAUUCUGACGUAGAGAGACACACACUGGCCAAGUAUCUGAUGGAGCUGACCCUCCUCGACUACGACAUGGUCCACUAUCGUCCCUCUGAGAUCGCUGCUGCUUCCCUGUGUCUCGCUCAGCUGCUGCUCGACGGGCUGCCGUGGUCUCCUACACAGCAGCACUACUCUACGUAUGACGAGGCCCACCUGAAGCCAAUCAUGCAGCACAUCGCCAAAAAUGUUGUGACUGUAAAUGAAGGGAAAACAAAGUUCCAGGCUGUCAAGAACAAGUACUCGAGCAGCAAGCUGAUGAAGAUCAGUCUCAUUCCUCAGUUGACUUCGUCGAUCAUCAAGAACAUGGCGGCGGCUGCUCUGCUCAACAACGCUUGAGGUGAACUUUUAUAUUUCGUCAGUGGACAGUUCACUUGCACUUUAUUUUAGAUCGAUCACAACCUGUGGAGAAACUUCUAGUUUUUAAUAAAAUGUUUUUAUAGUUUUUUUUGAGCCAAGCUUUGUGGUCUGUUCAGAUAUUUGGCUGCUAUGUUUUUUGUUUUUUUCUUUAUCAGAAUAUCUCUGUAGAUUUUCCUCCAUUGCACCUUGAACUGCACUGUCAGUCAAUCCUGAGCUGAGAAAUGGCAGCUUCCAAUCAGAGGCUGUUUGUAACCAGCUCCCAUGAAGCAAGAAUUUUCUGAAGGGUUUUUUUUUUUUUUUUUUUUUUUUUUUUUUUAAACUAUUAUUAAAUCUUGGCUUUUGAAGAUUUUGUUAACAAACCUAUUUAUUUAUUUUGAGUUUUAUGUUCUACCUCAGAAGCAAAUGCCUUAUUUUUGUGAAUGUUUUGUCGGUCAGUGCUCUGUCAUUUAUCUUGAUGUUUCCACAGUUUGAAUCGUUGCACUUGCAUGUUGUGGAAUUCAUGGAUCGUGGCCCUUUCUGGAUAAAUAUCUGCUGCUGUUCAUAAAGCUGAAUAAAAGGUUUUAGAUAUCUUAGCCUGAUUCAUGUGAUCUGAGAUCUGGAUUUCACGGCUCCAGCAACGAAUAAAUCCACUGAGUAACAACCGAUUUUUACGUACGAACCUGUGACGCACAAAUCUUAAACUUUAUUGAUGUGUAAAUCUCCACUUUGUGAACACUUAACAUCAGAGACUGUUCUGAACUUUCAAAGAGCUGCUUCCUGAAUAUUAAAUGUUUCAGUGAGAGAAAGAGACAAAAUUGUUUCAAUAAAUUAAA